AUGCGUGGUAACCGUCUAGGAGGUAAAAUUCCUACCGAGCUAGGUUCUUUGUCCGAACUGAUGUCCUUGAAACUUUCAAACAAUCAUUUCACUGGAACUAUCCCACCAUCAAUUGGGAACCUUACCAUUCUAAGUUUGCUUGGUCUAAUGUACAAUAAUCUAGAGGGAAGCAUUCCCACCCAACUUGGGCAGCUUUCCAAGUUGGAGUUUCUUCAGUUGUCGGCAAACAAUUUGUCUGGUAUGGUUCCUAAUUCGCUUUACAACAUCUCAUCAAUCUAUUUAUUCUCCAUCACUUUCAACCAAUUGCAUGGAAUUCUACCACCAGAUUUAGGCUUGACACUUCAAAAUUUGCUAGGAUUUUAUGUUGAAUCCAAUCAAUUCUAUGGCCAAAUUCCAUCGUCAAUAGCCAAUGCAACGGGACUUGUGCAAAUUGAUUUUAGCAGAAAUUCUUUUACUGGGUCCAUGCCUAAAACUCUGGGAACACUUGAUGCUUUGGAAGUAUUAAAUGCUCAUCAAAAUUCACUUGGCAAUGAAUUAAUGAGCAUCGUCACUUCUUUAUCCAAUUGUUCCAAUCUACAAAUUUUGGAUUUGGCUACAAAUCAAUUUAAAGGUUUGUUGCCUCAUUCUAUUGCAAAUCUCUCCCAGAUCACUUGGUUGAUUCUACGAAGCAACUAUAUAUCUGGAAGCAUACCUCUUGAUAUUGGGAACCUUGUCAAUUUGAAAUCCAUCAAUCUAGGUGAGAACAUGCUUAUAAGUAGCAUUCCAAAUUCCAUUGGAAAACUGUCCAUGUUGGAAAAACUCUCGCUUGACCAAAAUAACAUCUCUGGAGAGAUUCCAUCGUCUAUUAGAAACCUGAGUAGGCUUGGUGUACUUGACCUAUCAACAAAUAUGAUUAAGGGAAACAUUCCUAUUUCUUUACACAAUUGUACCAAUCUACAACGCAUUCAUCUUGAUUACAAUCAUCUCAUGGGAGCAAUACCCUAUCAAAUCUUUGGUUUGUCUUCCCUCAUUAGUCUGUCCUUGAGUCAAAAUUACUUAACAGGACUACUACCACAAGAAGUGGGUAAGUUGAAAAAUCUGAAUGCACUAUUUGUAUCAGAAAAUAAACUAUUUGGAGAAAUCCCCACCACUCUCGGCAAUUGUGAAGUUUUAGUAUUCCUCUACAUCGAAGGUAACCUUUUCGAAGGUACAAUUCCGAUGACCUUCAAACAAUUGAAAGGUAUUCAAGAACUAGAUGUUUCUAGGAACAACUUGUCUGGACAGAUUCCAAGGUUUCUCGGGGAGUUUCGAUUCUUUCAAUAUCUCAAUCUUUCUUACAAUAUGUUUGAUGGUGAAGUUCCGAAUAGAGGAGUUUUCACAAACAUUAGUGCCUUCUCAAUUGUUGGAAAUAGUAAGCUAUGCGGAGGAAUUAGACUAUUGCAAUUGCCUGCAUGCCCUAUGCAAGCCUUAAAUGAAAGGAAACGACCUUUCAACCAUAGAGUAAUAGUUCUAAUAGUUACUCUCACUAUUGUUCUAUUAUCAUUGGGCAUUUUAGCUAUUAUUUACCAAAACAAAAGGUCAAGACAGCAAGUCAAAUUAGCCUUGCCUUUGCAAAACCAAUAUUUACAACUCUCUUAUGGAGAACUUUUUCAAGCAACCAAUGGAUUCUCUCCAGCCAACUUAAUUGGUGAGGGAGGCCAUGGUUAUGUUUAUAAGGGGAUUCUCAACUCCGAUGAACAAAUUGUUGCUGUGAAGGUGCUCAAACUACACGAACAUGGAGCGAACAAGAGUUUUCUUACAGAAUGUGAAGCAUUGAAGAAUAUUCGCCAUCGAAAUCUCGUCAAGAUAAUUACAGCUUGCUCAAGCAUUGAUUUUCAAGGCAACGACUUCAAGGCUUUGGUCUUCAAGUUCAUGGAAAAUGGGAGCUUAGAAAAUUGGUUACACCCAAGUCUUUUAGAGCAACAUGAACCUAAGAACUUGAACUUUGUUCAAAGGCUAAACAUUGCCAUCGAUGUGGCAUGUGCAUUGGAUUAUCUUCACCAUCAUUGUGAAAUGGCUUUUAUUCAUUGUGAUUUAAAGCCAAGUAAUAUUCUUCUUGACGGUGACUUGUGUGCCCAUGUUAGUGAUUUCGGCAUGGCCAAGAUUUUUUCAACAACCAUUGGAAUAUCCAAUCAUCAGCAAUCAAGUUCAAAUGGGAUGAGAGGAACAAUUGGCUAUGUUGCUCCAGAGUAUGGUAUGGGUGAGGAGGUAUCAACACAAGGUGAUAUGUACAGUUAUGGAGUGUUACUACUGGAAAUGUUCACAAGAAAAAGACCAACUAAUAACAUGUUUACAGGCAAUUUAAACCUCCAUAACUACAUAAAAAUGUGUCUUCCGAAGCACGUAAUGAAGAUCGUUGAUCCCCAAAUCAUAUUGGAAAUGGAAGACGAGCCAAGUAAGAGCAGGGAAAGUAGUACAACUAACAUUUCUAAACUAGAGGCUUGCCUAGUACCAGUCCUUCAAAUUGGAGUUUCAUGUUCUGCUGAAAUGCCGACUGAGAGAAUGAGUGUGAAAGAUGUUCUCAAAGAACUACACAAGAUUAGAAAUGUAUUUCUUGGGGUUAGAGGACAAAGGCAUUAGGAUGGAAGAAGAAAUGAUUCUUAACUAAAGCCGUAUCUGUAUGUUAUUUUGAUGUUCUAGAAUUUUCUUUCCCUCACUUUUCUUCUCCCCCCUCUUUUCUUUUCUGAGUCUAUAAUUGUUAAGCUAGAAAAGGCAUGAAAGUGGUUGUACUUGUGGCAUUGUCAUCAAAUAUUUAUCACUAGUUAAGGUUUCUAUAUGUUUACAUG